GUAAAGGAGGCAAAUCGGAACGUGGUAGAACAAUCGUUUUCCUUCCCCCUUUCCAUCUUCCUCCUCUUGCUGUCUCUCUUUGAAGCCGUUCCGGGUUGAUCUUCCACGAGUUUCUCCGGUCUCUGUUGUUCUGAAGCUGAGAAAAUGAGUUUUGGAGUCGUACGGCGACGGAUUGCGUCUGGAGGUUCUAAUCUGUUUUCUGCGCAGUAUUUGCGGGGAAUUCGACCUUCCAUUUCUGCAGGAAGAGUUCGCUCCGUUGCCGAAAAAGAGAUUUUGCACCAGUGUAGGAGCUUUGGACAUGUCAGAAAAUUUUCUCACCUACUUUCACAUGGUGGCCUUGCUAGUCCUCAAUCUCUAAGGGUUGCUUUUGCAAGUAUGCAGCAAAGUUCUAUGAUGCAAUUGAAUGGUCGGAACUUCUCUUCAGAUAAUGGGGACCUGCUUGAUGUUGUCGUCCCUCCAUUGGCCGAGUCUAUUACUGAUGGAACACUGGCAAAAUUCCUGAAGAAUCCGGGUGAUAGAGUAGAAUUGGAUGAAGCAAUUGCUCAAAUUGAAACAGAUAAGGUUACUAUUGAUGUCACUAGUCCUGGAGCUGGUGUUAUUCAGAAGUUUGUUGCGAAGGAAGGAGAUACGGUGGAACCAGGUACCAAGGUUGCUGUUAUUUCAAAAUCUGGUGAAGGUGUAGCUCAUGCUGCUCCUUCCGAGAAGACAUCGGAGAAAGCUGCAUCUCAGGCUGCUCCAGUGGAAAAAAUAGAAAAGCCUAAAUCUGAAGCUAUGGUCAGUGAGAAGCCUAAAGCACCAUCUCCUCCACCUCCUAAGCGCUCAGCUACAGAACCCCAGCUUCCUCCCAAGGAUAGGGAAAGACGAGUUCCAAUGACAAGGCUUCGAAAGAGGGUUGCUACACGAUUGAAAGAUUCUCAAAACACAUUUGCUAUGUUGACGACGUUCAAUGAAGUUGACAUGACAAAUUUGAUGAAGCUUCGUUCUGAUUACAAGGAUGCGUUUGUUGAAAAGCAUGGAGUCAAGUUGGGUCUUAUGUCUGGAUUUAUUAAGGCUGCUGUCAGUGGACUUCAGAAUCAACCUAUUAUUAAUGCUGUGAUUGAUGGGGAUGAUAUCAUAUACAGAGACUACAUAGACAUUAGCAUAGCUGUUGGCACGCCUAAGGGUCUUGUUGUGCCAGUUAUUCGAAAUGCUGAUACGAUGAAUUUUGCUGAGAUAGAGAAGGAGAUAAACACACUUGCAAAGAAGGCAAAUGAUGGUACCAUAUCAAUUGACGAGAUGGCUGGAGGUUCCUUCACCGUAUCCAAUGGUGGUGUUUAUGGAAGCCUUUUGAGUACCCCUAUUAUUAAUCCUCCUCAGUCGGCAAUCCUGGGAAUGCACUCGAUCGUUUCCCGUCCUGUGGUGGUUGAAGGCAACGUUGUCCCAAGGCCAAUGAUGUACAUUGCUCUAACAUAUGACCAUAGACUUAUCGAUGGGAGAGAGGCAGUGUUCUUUUUGCGCCGCAUCAAAGAUGUCGUAGAAGACCCACGGAGACUUCUCCUUGACAUCUAAAGUCUCCAAAACCAAAGCUCUAUUACGAAGAAAUCUUCAGCGCGUGAUGUUUCUCCAAGGGUAAAACUUCAAAACCUUCAAAAAUCAUUUUGAGAAAUAAAUACUCGUUUUCCUCACAUUUCAAGUUUUGUAGGAUGUUUCCAUACUGUCCUCCCAUGAGCAAUUUCGGCUUGUCUUAUAAUUUAUAUUGAAUGAGAGAACUUGUUAGAAAAGCAUGUUUUAAGCGGUUUUCGAUGAAUUUGUGCUUGUGGGAAUUCCCACGUCCAUAUUGUUGGAAUUGUAUUUUGGUGCUAAGCAGUAAGCAUUUUAUUCCGUAAGUUCUACAGGGAUUUCCUUUCCCGGUGUGAAUCGAGUUUGUGGGUUCGAAACUCAGCACAGCAAUGCUGUGACAUAUUAUUAGUUAGAACUUUGAAGUUCUUGGUUAUAUUUCUUU